AACAAAAAAGAAAAAAUAAAAAAACCGAAAGAGGAGAAAAAAGGCGGAGGAUUUUGGCGCUUGAGGUUUUUUGCCGGAAUCUCUACUGUAAAACCCCACUUCGUUCAUCUGCUUCUUCGAUUUAGUUGUCAAUAAUGGCUGAUGAUGGAUUGGCUUCGCAUAGAAGAGACCCUAUCAAGUCUUCAGUUGGGAAUGUGGCGGCAAAUCGAAGGAGGCAACAAGCUAUUACAGUGGGAAAGGAAAGAAGAGAAGCUUUGGUGCGCACGAAGCGCCUUUGCAGGGUGGGGAUUAGCGGCGACAGUGAUGUUCCAGUUGAUGGUGAUAUGAUGAUUGAUGAAGAGCAGUCAAUAUUAGAGACACAGACUUCUUCAGCUGUGGAAGAGUUAAAGUCAACGGUCAUUUAUCAGGGAAAAGGUGCAAUGCAGAAGAGGGUGAGUGCCCUUCGUGAUUUAAGGCGUCUAUUAUCAAGAUCCGAAUUCCCUCCAAUUGAAGCUGCUCUUAAAGCUGGAGCAGUUUCUGUUCUUGUGCAGUGUCUUUCAUUUGGUUCUCCAGAUGAGCAGUUGCUUGAGGCAGCUUGGUGCCUUACAAAUAUUGCAGCUGGAAAACCAGAAGAAACAAAAGCUUUGGUGCCUGCAUUACCACUGCUUAUUGCUCAUUUGGGAGAAAAGAGUUCCCCUCCUGUUGCUGAGCAGUGUGCAUGGGCGUUGGGAAAUGUUGCUGGUGAAGGAGAGGAGCUGAGAAAUAUUCUACUAUCACAAGGAGCCUUACCACCUCUUGCUAGAAUGAUGGUGCCAAAUAAGGGCUCAACUGUGAGAACAGCUGCUUGGGCAUUAUCGAAUCUAAUCAAGGGACCAGAUCCUAAAGCUGCAUCAGAACUCAUACAAAUUGAUGGGGUACUAGAUGCAAUUCUUAGGCAUUUGAGAAAAGGGGAUGAAGAGUUGGCAACUGAAGUAGCAUGGGUGGUAGUUUAUCUCUCAGCCCUUUCAGACACUGCCACUAGCAUACUGGUGAAGAGUAAUCUCCUUCAACUACUAGUUGAAAGAUUAGCGACAUCAAAUAGUUUGCAAUUGCUCAUUCCGGUGCUGAGAAGUUUAGGAAACCUUGGAGCUGGUGCUAGUCAUGCAACUUGUAUUCUUGUGGUUGGACAUGAAAUGACAGAUAAUUUUAUAGCAGCACUUGUAAAAUGUUUGGGAAGUGAGCACCGGGUCUUGAAGAAGGAAGCAGCUUGGGUGCUAUCCAAUAUAGCUGCUGGUUCCAUUGAACACAAGAAGUUGAUAUAUUCAAGUGAAGCAGUACCAUUGUUACUGCGCCUUCUUUCAACUGCACCAUUUGAUAUAAGGAAAGAGGUAGCAUAUGCAUUGGGCAACCUCUGUGUAGUUUCAUCAGAAGGUGGUGGAAAGCCAGCUCUGAUCCUGGAACACUUGGUUUCACUUGUUGGUAGAGGUUGCCUUCUGGGUUUUAUUGAUUUGGUCAGAUCUGCUGAUACUGAGGCUGCAAAGCUUGGGCUUCAAUUCAUGGAGCUGGUCCUAAGGGGGAUGCCAAAUGGUGAGGGUCCAAAGCUUGUGGAGAGAGAGGAUGGGAUUGAUGCAAUGGAAAGAUUCCAAUUUCAUGAAAAUGAAGACCUUCGAAACAUGGCAAACGGGUUAGUUGAUACGUACUUUGGGGAGGAAUAUGGGCUUGACGAAUAGGCAUCCUCGCCCAACUGAUGCCUGGAUUUGGAAUGACCCCUGGUUCCAAUCCCUCAUCCGUGAUGUAUACUACACCUUUAUCUUAGUCUCCUUUGGCAAUGUUUGCUGCAAGUUCGACCCCAAAUUUAGGGUCCACACUAAAUAUGAUCUUGCAUGGGGAAGUCUCAUCUGCUGUAGGUUGAUCAUCUAACAUGUCUGUCAUCUGAAGCGUAUUUGGAGAAUUUCUUCUUGUCAAACAUGUAAAUUUUUUAGCUUCCAUUUCUCUGUGUUGCUGGGUUUGGUCGAGGACUGUAUAUUAAACCGCUUUGCACAUUAGUGUUCAUCUUUACGUUUACUCGGAAAUGGACUCAUUUCCAGAAUUUGUAGCCUAUUAAUCCGGAAAACAAAAAUUUCGUGUUGUUUCUUA